AUGCCGAAGGGCCAGGCAUUGCAAAACGAUUUGCAGGUGGGUCCUGAUAAUCAACAAGCACCCAGAACUACAGUGACACAGAGUUCUGGUGCUUCUGGCAUGUCUGGGGCUAAUGUUGAUAUAUCCAGUAGAAGUAAAGAUACUCAGAAUCUACAGGCAAACAUCCCUAGAAUGUGGCUGCCACCUGAACGCUGUAGUGUAUGCAAUCAUGUGAACGACUAUGGUUUUAAUUUUUGUCAAUCAUGUGGUCGAGACAAUCUAGGACAACAGACUGGACUAGAUAAUGGAGACGACUAUAUUGUAGAAAAGCGUUUAGAUUACUUAAAUCUUAUGAUUUCCAGUUCAGAAUACAUGAGAAAAAAGUCUGCUUUAGAAAAACAAUUUGAACUGUUUCUAAAAUCUUUGGGAAAAUGCGUUCUGACAGCCACUCCUAGGGAUGUUACACGAUUUUUUGUUCUCAAGGAUGGAAAAGGGAAAACCCAGAUUCAUGAUUUGAAUUGUAAAAAUUUGGGGAAGUUUGGUACUUUCACUUGUAACUGCCCUUGUAGAUUAGCUGCUGGCACAGUUAAGUCAUAUUUAGGACAAUUGAAAUCAAUCUUUGAAUUAAGUGGAAGGGGGGAUAAAUGGUAUGAUGCCACAUCAGGUGGAAAUCCUGCUUGUAGUUUGGAGGUGAAAAACUAUUUGAAAGCCAUUCAGUUAGAACAAGCAAAAUCUCAUGUGCAGCAAAAACAGGCAAAGCCAUUAUUUCUAGGGAAGUUGAAAUCGGUAUGUGAAUAUUUGGAUGCUAGAUUACAAAAUCCAAGUUUAUCUUUAGCUGAGAAGUAUGUUGUUUUAAGAGACCAGGCAUUCUUUAAAUUGCAGUAUUUUUCAGGUGAUCGUGCUAAUGACCUUGGACUUGUCCUUAUUCAGGAAGUUAAAAGGUUUCAGGGUAGUUCUGGUAUUAUAUUUUCCCAUACUGUUGGGAAAACAUUGGGAAAUGGUAAGGUUAACGAGUUUUCAGUCUUUAGAAUGGAGGAUAAGGUUAUAUGUCCUGUUUUUGCUUUGGAGAGGUAUAUUGAGGGAGCCAAAAAUCUUGGGGUGACGAUUGAAACUGGUUAUCUUUUUCGUACUUUGAAUUUAAAUAGAACUAUGGUGUUAGAUAUGCCUGUUUCAUCAAGUACAAUGAAUGAUAGGUUGAAAAAAUAUCUUACAAAGCUUUGUUUGUAUGAGGGUGAAACCCCCCAUGGGAUUCGUGGGGCAUGUGCAAUAACAAUGGCACUAUCAGGGAUAAACACGCAUGACGCCAUGGACCAUAUAGGUUGGUCAUCAAAUAGCUCUUUCAAGAGAUAUAGCAGAAUUUCAAAGAUGGUUGGUAGAGGAUCAGUUGGCUCUUUGAUGAGGCAUAUUGUCCAAAAUAAUAAUCCUGUUGAAUCUGUAUUUGAGUCUCUAAGUACAACAAAAGAUUUUUGAGUUAGGCACCAUGUUUUUUGGUUUAAAUGUAUAGUGUUACGAUUUUUGUAAUCCUUGGGAAAUAACUUCAAAAAUUUUAACAUCAAGAAUUUGAUAAAUUUUAACAUUUAGAAUCUAAUAAGAUUUUCUAUCUAUAUACUGAGAGAAGUUUGUUUUUACAGAUGUUUGCUGGUGAUUGUUUCCUUAAUAUUUUCAAGGUCCUUUGUUCAUGUACUAAAUUUCUACUUUCUUUUAUGUUUAUUUCAAAGGUUAAUAUUUUGCAACAUUAAUAUGAUUUUUUCAAUAUGUUUUAAAUUAUUUUUGUGUUGGACCAUCUUGAAGAACUUUUAUAGUACAUGAUUUUCCCGGUAUAUUUUACUUUUCCGGAGCAUCUCGGUUAUUAUGGUUAUCUUGAAGCUCUGCAGCAAACAUCUUUAUUAUAAAAGUAUAAUGGAAAAGUUUUGAUAAUAAAAUAUUUCAUUCUAGGGUGUGAUACUUUGAUGAUUUUAUUUAUCUCCCUUAGAUUAUAGUCUGUACAUGUUAGUUUAUUUUUUGUGAUACAAUAAGAAAACUAUGUGUUGGGGACUGAAUAUCAUACUGAAAUCUACAAUGUAUCUUUGAUAUGAAUCUUUAUUACAUGAAUGUU